UCAGAUAAAAUAAUGCAGGGGGGUGUUUUUGACUCAUUAGCUGGAAAUAUAUCGUAAAAUUCAAUACUCAGAUGUACAAACUGAGCGGUUGUCUCCUUGCUACCCUGUCUGGUCCAGUCUUGGUUGCUCAGGGGACAAUGGCAUGUGCUCUGAGAGUCAGAGAUUGCUUCAAGCAGCAACUCGACCUUGUCCUGAAAGAGGAUCAUUCUAUCCCUGAGGAUCUACAUUCUGAACUCCACUCCUGCCUCAACAGUACCCAUUCCCCCUGCACAGUCUCCUUCGACUUGCUGAGAAAACUUCAUAAAUUCUUACAAGAGAAAGGGUUCCCUGUGUAUCUGCAUGAACUUGUGGAAGGAGCAGAAAUAUUCACACCAGAAGUAAAGCUGCCAGAGAGGAACCCAGAAUUGAUAGCCCGAUUGGAAAAGAUCAAAGCAAACCUUGCAAACGAAGAGUAUAGGCGCAUUACCAAAAAUGUCAACUGCCAGCAGAUUAACCGGUACGGCACUCUGGGAGAUUUGGGAAGACAAGUGCGAUCGGUGAAGGCAGUGGUGGUUACCAUCUUUAACUUCCUAGUGACGGUGGGAGCUGCAUUUGCCUGCACAUACCUUGGCAGUCAGUACAUCUUCACGGACACAGCAGCGCGGGUGCUUUCUGCUUUGAUUGUAUCGUCUGUAGUGGGUCUGGCAGAGCUGUAUGUACUUGUACGGACAAUGGAAGGAGAGCUGGGAGAGAUGUAGCACACUGCCUGAACAAUUGUUAAAACCAAUUGGAUGCUGUUGUAACUUACAUUUAUAUAGCACCUUCAUCAUGGUAAAACAUCUCAAGACAUUUCACAGUAGCAUUAUCGAAGUAAAUGUUUAACACUGGAUGUAAGAAAGUAGGAGAAAGUGAGGGCUGCAGAUGCUGGAGAUCAGAGCUGAAAAAUGUGUUGCUGG